GCCUUCCUACCCCUCUUUACCUCCCACCACCGUUAUCGUAAAUUCUAGUCGCAGCUAUUUUGAAGCUGCCCGCCGCCGCCACCAUGAAGGUCACCUUCAAGGAGCUCUCGAACCAAAAGUUCACGCUUGACAUAGAGCCUACUGAUCUUAUUUCUACCUUGAAGCAAAGAGUUGCCGAAGAGAAAGGAUGGGAUGCCAAGGCUCUGAAGCUCAUCUAUUCCGGCAAGAUCCUCAAGGACGAAGAGACAGUCGCGGCCCACAAGAUUGAGGAGAAGGGUUAUGUCGUUUGUAUGGUGAGCAAGCCCAAGGCCGCCCCCGCCGCCUCUGCCGCAGCCUCUUCAUCCAGCGCUCCGCCCGAGACACCCGCCCGACCCGUCGCUGCAACUCCUGCUGCCCCGGCCGCACCUGCUCAUUUAUCUACUGCUGCCGCUGCGGUGCCGGCCACGCCCUCGCCUGCACCUGCCGCUGCUGCUGGUGGUAACGAUGACAACUCUAUGGCCAUGGGCGAGGCCCGAGCUGGCGUGAUCGCUAAUAUGGAGGCCAUGGGAUUUGAGCGCUCUCAAAUCGAAGCUGCUUUACGUGCCGCUUUUUAUAACCCAGACCGCGCCGUCGAAUACCUCUUGAACGGCAUUCCGGAAACUGCUCGUCAACCAGAGCCCCAGCAUGAGGCGGCUCCCGCUCAAGCUGCAACCGGCGCUGCCGCUGCUGCCAGCCAGCCGGCCCAAGGUGAGGGCGAGGGAGGUGAUGUCAACCUCUUUGAUCUAGCUGCGCAACAGGGUCGAGGAGGCAGCCGUGCAGGAGCUAGUGGCUCUACCCAAGCAGCAGCAGCCGCCGCCGCCGCCGCUGCCGCUGGUGGCCAGACUCUAGGUAACCUGGACUGGCUGCGUAACAACGCUCAGUUCCAGCAGCUUAGACAAGUGGUUCAACAGCAACCCCAGAUGCUCGAGCCUAUCCUGCAGCAACUUGGCGCCGGAAACCCCCAGCUUGCGCAGCUGAUCUCUUCGAACCCCGAGCAGUUCCUAAACCUGUUGGGCGAAGCCGGUGACGACGAUGCACCUCUACCUCCUGGCGCCCAGACCAUUGCCGUUACGGAAGAGGAGCGCGAUGCCAUUGAGAGACUAUGCCGAUUAGGUUUUGACCGAGACGCAGCAAUCCAGGCUUAUUUCGCCUGUGAUAAGAACGAGGAGCUGGCCGCAAAUUUCUUGUUCGACCAGCCGGAAGACGAUGAACCUCCUCAGAAUUGAUCGACAUACUCGCUUUACUAUGCCAUCUUGGUCUCACGCUCUUACGCCCCCUCACGAUAUCCGGUGUGGCGCCUCACCCCUGCGCUAUCACACCAUCCCCCUCUGUUAAUGGCUAUUAUUCACUCUCCAUAAUGCUUUGUUCUGUCGGGAGGAGGCACUCUGAAAGACUCCAUUAACAUACACGGCCAUGGGUCUCAGGAAUUUUCCCACCCCCGAACUACCCAGUCCUGAAAUAAAUACGUACGUACUUUCGGGCCGAGGCAUCCCGGUUCAGUGGACGGCGGGUUCUCCGUUCCGCGAGGAAGAUGAAGAGGAAAACGAUGGUUAGAUGAACCGAGUCUGUAGCUUAGUUCUGAAUUCUACAUAACUACUGAUUUCCCAGAAUCUGCCUCUUUGCGCUGUAUGGCUAGGCUUUCUUUUUUUUGACGAAGUGAUACGGCACACUGCAUU